AUGUCGUCUCAAAAGGAGUCCUCGGAGUAUGAGAUUCAAUACAGAUCCACGAUUCAACCGAGAACCGCCGUCCGUUCGCAAUCUCGUCAAUCUGGGAACUAUGUCUCCGGAGGAAAUGGAGCCGCUUCUGGAGUUCACUUCCGAUCCUUGCGAUCAACAAAAAAAAUAGUUUAUUGGAAAUCAUUUUUAAAAAGAAAUCAGUUUUGGAGGAUGAAGUAA